AUGGGAUAUAUUAAUAUGAAUAGCAACAAUCUCAUCAAGCCCUACGAAGGCAGUGAGCUUAAUGAUUUGGGCCGAAGAUAUAAAAAGGUCGGAGAAGAGGCUCUUAGGAAAAAGAGCCUUGGGGUUGUUAUACUGAGUGGGGGACAAGGGACCAGACUUGGAUCUGAUGCUCCAAAGGGUUUAUUUAAGAUCAAGGGGAAAACAUUAUUUGAAUGGCAUAUGGAAACAAUAAGGGAGAUUAUAGAUAAGUAUAAUGCAAACAUAACUGUGUUUAUCAUGACAUCCUCGUUCACAGAUGAGGCUGUCAGAAAUUACUUCCAGGGAAAGGAUUUUGGCGUAAAAAUACAUUUCUUCAAGCAGAGGAACUCCUUGUGUGUGGGAACCGAUGGAAAGCCCCUGGAAUACUAUGGAGGAUAUGCUGAGUCCCCCUAUGGGAAUGGAGAUAUAUUCAAGGCCAUACAGCAAGUGAACCUUGAAGGGAUAGAAGCUUUGAAUGUCAUUUCCAUUGACAAUGUUCUUGCAAAGAUCCUUGAUCCUGUGUUUGUCGGAGCAUUCUUCAGUGGGAACUACGAUAUCUUAAGCAAAUCUGUGACCAAAGGAGAAAAAGAAAGUGUUGGAGCCUUUCUCAUGGAUGGGAAGCUUAGAAUCAAAGAGUACGGUGAAAAUGAUGCAAAUGGAGAAGGUAUCCAGGGAAAUAUUUGCAAUCACAUGUUCGGAACAUCGUUCAUUAAGAAGAUGAGGAACGUGGAUCUUCCAGAACAUAAGGCAUUCAAGAAGAUUGCAUACACAAUAGAUGGAAAGCUUAUAAAACCACUCAAGCCUAAUGGAUUCAAGAAGGAAACUUUUAUAUUCGAUAGCUUUGAAUAUACUCAUAAGAACGGGGUGAUAAAUGUUCCUAGAGAAAAAGAAUUCUCUCCUCUGAAGAACGGGAUGGAUUCGUCUGUGGAUAAUCCAAUGACUUGCGCACUAGCGGUUGAGAGGCAUAGGAUCCAAACAUCGAUACAAUAA